UUCAAUUUCCUUAUUCGCCGAUCCUAUUCUGAGGAGAUCUUGAGAAAGGGAGGAACAAGGUAGAACUGCACCGCAUCUCCUACACCACCUUCGCCCCUCCUUCCUCUCUCCCAUCCAUGGCUUUUCCUUUUCCUUUUCUUCCUAUUCUUCUACUCCUCUUUCCCUCCAUUCCUCUCUCUGAGUCCAAGCUUUCUGUUGACUACUACAAGACCUCCUGCCCUCAAUUCCAAAAUAUCAUUCGCGACACCGUCACCAAUAAGCAAAUCACCAGCCCCACCACAGCUGCCGCCACUUUACGUCUUUUCUUCCAUGAUUGCAUGGUUGAAGGCUGUGAUGCCUCCGUUCUAGUUUCAUCUAAUGCUUUCAAUAAGGCUGAGCGAGAUGCUGAUAUCAACCUUAACCUCCCUGGGGAUGCCUUCGACGUGGUGGUCAGAGCCAAGACAGCUCUCGAGCUCUCGUGCCCUAAAAUCGUCUCCUGUUCUGAUAUCCUUGCGCAGGUCACCCGCGACCUGGUCAUCAUGGUUGGAGGACCAUUUUAUACCGUUCGUCUAGGGCGGAAGGACGGGCUAAUCUCUAAGGCAUCUCGAGCAGAGGAAAGUCUCCCUAGGACUAACAUGACAAUGGAUCAGAUGAUCGAUUUGUUUAAGUUGAGAGGAUUCACCACCAGGGAGUUGGUUGCAUUGAUGGGUGGCCACACCAUCGGAUUCUCUCACUGCAAGGAGUUCGCUGAUAGGCUUUACCAUUUCAGCAAGAGCACCCCAGUAGACCCAGAUUUCAACCCAAAGUACGCAAGCGCACUGAAGACUUUCUGCGCUAAUUACACCAAAGAUCCAACCAUGUCCGCCUUCAACGACGUACUUACACCGAGCAAGUUCGAUAACAUGUAUUACCAGAACUUGCCUAGAGGGCUAGGGCUGUUGACAAUCGAUAGUGUGCUAGUUAAAGACCCCAGAACUAAGCCCUUUGCAGUGCUCUAUGCAAAGGACCAAUCGGUAUUCUUCACGGAUUUUUCUCGUGCAAUGGAGAAGCUUAGCGUUCUUGAUAUCAAGACUGGGAGGAAGGGGGAGGUCAGGAACAGGUGCGAUCAGUUCAAUUCGAUUAAGACUUAGAAUUUGAUUCAUCAUACAUGGGUCUUUUUUAUGUGAGGCAUGAGAAUGAGAAUGAGAAUGGGAUUUAUGUUAAUUUUUAUCUAUGUUGUUUCCCUUCACAGAUUAAAAGAAAAUAUGUUCUUUUUUCUCUUAUAUAUACUUUGGUUGAUCUUUGAGUUCUUUGUUGCAGCCCAGCAUAUGAGGAUGAGAAUUAUGAUUAUUUUCGUUUCGUGAUUAUAUAACUUGUAUCGCGUUGUGUUUGUGUACCCUUUUCUAAUUUUAAUGUAAGA